AUGAAAAUAUUAAGCAUUAAACUAAAGAAGAGAAAAACAGAAAAUAUAAAGGUGGAAAUAGUGUUCAAUGAAGUGCUUAAAAAAUUAAGCAAACAAAAAAAGAUUUCCCUUUCGAACUCUCUCGUUCCGUCAUAUAUUGGCUCAACGCACUUAAGAGAUUUGAUAUUAAGCAACGAAAAGAACCUAACUGCAAAGAUGAAUUUUUGGAAUAAAGUUACGAAAAAAGUUGAAUACAACUCAAAUGUUCGGUCGAAACUAAUUGAGAAUCAUGGAGAAAUUAUGAAGGUCUGGGAGUGGAUUAGCGACAUUGAUAUUGACAAUUAA